GGUUGUUUUCAAAUUGACUGAGAGGGAAUGUAAGUAUUAGCUACUCAAGUUCAUUACAUUUACAGACAUGCAAGUCACCUUGUUAUAUUGUAUGUAUGUUAUAUAGUCAGUAAAGACACGAUGCUAAAUAGACAGAGAGGACGUGUGUGUGUGUGUGUCUGUGUGUGUCUGUGUGUGUGUAUGUACUUUGACUUAUAAAGUAGCUCCUAAUGCCACACAGAUAUGUGGCGAGUGUUUGCUGAUACACUAGAUUAUUAAAUGCGUUAAUUACUAACAGUAUUCAUUCAGUGGUAUUUUAUUUUUGAAAUAAUUCGUUUUGGGAGAAAUUACACUUUGGAGUAAGCUAUGGUCACGUGAUCAUAAGCAUAAUGUAUUCAUCCAUCCAUCCAUCUUCUACCGCUUACUCCUUCUUCAGGGUCGCGGGGGAACCUGGAGCUUAUCCCAGGGAACAUUGGGCACAGGGCGUGGUACACCUUGGACAGGGUGCCAGUCCAUCGCAGGGCACAAAGCAUAAUGUAUUGAUAAGUGUUAUUUUAAGUCUUGUUUUCAUUUCUUUAUAUAUUUAUAUUUGUUUUUCUGUUUUAUUGGUUUUGUUGUGCCUCAUUUAUUUAUUUAUUUAUUUAUUUAUUUUAAAAUAAAUUUGUCAAUCUAUAUAAAAUGUCAAGGAAGCACAGUUACGCAAAUUAUGUUAUGUGUUAUGGUGAGGACACAGCUGAUGUUAUUUCCAGACACACUCUCUCUUCCAUCAUGUCAUGGCGAUGAGAGGCACUGCUAGACCAGAGGUUCUUUUUGUCGGAGGUGUAUAUUGGUGUCUGUUUAUUUUGAAAAAACAAAAAGUGGGCAGGACUUGGAAAAAGCCUAAUGAUCUUAAAUAAGCUGUGCCAAAAUAGCCUGCAUUUCUGACAUGUCAAAGCAUGUUUUUUUUAUUUUAUUUUUAUGAAGCCAUGAAGGUGCUGAAUAAAGGAGAGCUGAAGAAAGCUGAGGAAGCACUCAGACAUUUCUUUCCCCAGUCACAACAGGUGUAUGGAUAUGUUUUUAUGAUUAAUCGAGUAGAAGCUGAUCCCAUAGAUGUGCUGGUGGACCAGUGGCCAGAUUUUAAUGUGCUACUCAUCAGACCACAACGGCAGGAGAAAGCUGACCUUUUCAAGGACAUGUGCGUUUUUACUAAGGAUGAAACAACUCUCAGGAAAAUACUGGUCGGGACGGACAUUAUUGACUGGAAGCAGUACCUCUGUCUAAGUGUUGAUCUGUGCCACGAGGAGAUGCUAAAGUUUGAAGCAGCGAGCAGAAGCGUGCCAAUGAGAAAAGGUCAUAUGUGCUACAUGAUGAAACUGCAAAAUCUAUCUAACCUUACAACUGAAAGGUUUCCCGUACAAGUGUCCUCACUUAACGAGUCUCACGUUGCUCUGGUCAAUAGCACAUGGAAGUUUGGCAUGGGUGAAUUCAGUGAACGGUACAUCAGGGACAUGAUCAUGAAUUUCCCUUCGUGUUGUGUGCUGGACUCAGAGGGUCGGCCAGUGUCAUGGAUAUUGACCUAUGCUUCCUGUGCGAUGGGAAUGCUGUACACAGUGCCGGAGCACAGACAGAAAGGCUAUGCCAAAGCCCUGGUCACCAUAAUGGCAAAGAAACUACAUUCAGAGGGCUAUCCAGUGUAUUGCUUCAUUGAGGAGGAGAACCAGUUGUCCUACAGGCUCUUUACCAGUUUAGGUUUCACUAAGGAUCCGUUUUACAGGGCUGCUUGGAUUAAGUUUAAUUAAUCAUGUUAGUUUAUUUAGAUUUUAUUCAAUUUUAUACAAAUGCUUCCCUCACCAUUCCAUUAGCUUUACCUGGUAUCACAACUUAAAACUAUUUUGAAGGGACCAUGCUAAUCUGAGUAGUUGUUAAAAAUAUUUGUAAAACAUAUAUAACAAAUAAAAUGAUAUGAAAAACAAUAUGCUGAAGUCAGAUCUGUUCAUAAUUGCAUGUUUUCCUGGUGCACCUAGCCCUGGCUGGAACGUCUGUAUGGUUUCUGCAAUGCAGCUUUGUUCUAUCCUCUCUCUGCCUCAUUACUGACUUACUGUAGGUGUAUUUUAAUUUUAAGUUAAAAAGAACAACUAAAUCUAUAAUUAUGAGAUCUUUUCAUGCUUUAUAUUUUAGAAUCUUGAAUAUAAGUAGAUACUAGUGUCACGAAUCAAGGAUGGGUUCAGAAGCAAUCGCAGAUAUAUAACAUUUAUUAUAUAAACAAACAGCAAAACACAGACACUAAGACAACUAGGCAAAAUACUGUGGCAUGAAACGAAACAGGGAACAUGGUAGUCUAUCACAACGAAAGACAGAGAAUCAGUGCAGACAAUGGCUAUAUAUACAAGAGUGCUCAUUAACAGAAAUGUGAAUCAGG